AUGUACGGUUGGGCGAUGGGCUGAAUGGCGGUUGGAGGGAUCGAAGUCUUCUUCGUCAUUUGGAAGCACGAGAAGCUCGAUUUCCUCGAUUUUCUCUGAUCUCGAUUCCGGAAAUUCGUGCACCACUUGAAGCCUUUCCAAUGGGCUUAUCUUUAAACCUUAAUGAAGCAGUUCAGAUUUGCAUCUUUGACUUACGAAGGGGACAACAUGAAGGGCAAGAACUUGACAAGAUACUAUUCUUCUUUCCUAUGGAAUUCCCAUUCUCUGCACAACUUUCUGUUAUCGGUCUUUGCGAGGGAAUCAUUACAUUUACAAGAAUUUUUUCUCCAGACGCUGCUUGUGAGGUAAUAGAAGCAGAAAGACAUUCCUAUGUGUUCUAUGAGGCUGAGGCAGAUAUAUGGAUGGUUCUGAUUAUGGAGAAAAGUAAGGAUAAUGAAUCUGAUUGGCGAUUUGAUGCAUUACGUGGAAUUCUGAAGGAGGUGCAUUAUCUUUUCAUGAUGUUUCAUGGAUCUUUGAGAGCAUUACUGGAAAAACAACCUAGUGGUGAACUUGCUCGUAGUCGUCUUUAUCCCUUUGUGAUAGAUUACUUGACAGAUUUCUAUGUUGGGAAAAAACUCCAACUGCCAUCUUUCCGUGACUCUUUGAGGGAGCGAGGAACGGUUCAAAUGUUGUCUGUUUCACGGGAAGUUGCAAUUGAAGUUCAGUCACUCGUUACAGUGCUGGGAUCAUUGUGUGUAGGAAACACAACUUGCAAGUCGGUCAUCUUAUUCCAUGACCUGCUGGUGUCAACAACGCUGUCUCCUGAGGAUACAACAAAUAUUUAUACUUAUGCUGUCUUGAGGUUGAUUCCACAUGCUCUAUCAUCUGGUACAAACACCUGGUCGUAUUUGCUGAAGGGAACCUCUGCAACUAGUGCUGCAGCUGGUUUUACUGCAACCACAGGAUCUGUAUCAGAUGGGUCUCAGCAAUCAUCUAGCGAUGCCUCUUCUGCAGGGCAAGAUCAGAGAAACAGUGUACCUCGGCCUCUACAACGUGAAAAAUGGUUUAAAGGCAAGGACGGCUUUCUUACUACUGACAUCUGGGGUGCAGAAGUUGGUUCUCUAGUUUCUGUGCUUCCAACAGUGUGGCUUCGAGAAACAGAGGAGAACAUGAAUCUCUGUAUUUAUCAGCACAAGAAUCUGACCAUAGUAAUCCUAAUUCCUGCUUGCUCACUGAUAAAUGAGCAAGGGUUAAGUUUGGCAAAGCAGCAACUUGUUGAAAAUGCAUACCAUAAGAUCAUAAAUGUUGAGGAGAAACUAUCUAGGGGAUGGGGUGGUGAAAAUGCUUAUCAUGUGAGCGGCUACCGUUACCUGAUCGUUGAUGGUGAUAGACAUAUAUCAAGAGCUUCCCCACCAGGAAAGGUUACUACCUUAGCAAAGGAUUCAUUGCUAACUCUUAAUAGAGUGAGAGAAGAAAUUGAUUUCGAGAAAAUGAGGGCGCAAAGGACGAAUCCUGAGCACGAGAAGGAUUUCGAAGUGUGCAUCAGAGCCAAAAACAAUGCUUGGGUUAUAUCUAAAGUUACACGAGGGAAAGAACUUCAUAUGGUUCUAGAGAAGGCCAAUGAGACGCUUCUAUAUGCUACUGAAACCGUCGAGAAGUUCAGUAACAGGUAUUGUGAAGGAGCAUUUUCUUCCAACUAGAUUAUCGAACUAGAGACGAGGCAUACGUUACGUUUUUCGCAUGAAUGGCAUAGAGAAUUGCAUAACACCAAAACAUUGAUGCUUCCUUGUUUCACCAAAAGGCGGAGCAUUUUUCGUGCAUCUUUCUCAGUGUUUAUAAGUUUUAGAUAGGCGAACAGGUACACGAAGAAAAGAAACCACGCAAUAUGGUGAGAAAUUUCAAUUUCAAUCAAUCAUC